AUGUCAACGUGGAGCACCACCGGACGUUUAACCGAUAUCCAGCUCCUUGGAGAGCCGCAGGUGGCACUCUUAGCCCCUCGUUCCCUGCUUUCCAUCUCUCAGCAGCCUCAAAGCCAUUCCAUGACGAGUAUUCCUGGUCACUUUACGGGCAUGAGCCUCUCGGGAGAGCCGCCGUCAGCCCAGCAAGCACCCAGGUCCCUACUCUCCAUCUCCCGACAGCCCCAAUACCUUUCAAUGGCUAGUGUUACCGGACAUUUCGAUGGCAUGCGAUCAUUAGAUGAGGCCUCCAUCGCUUCGCUUCAACGCGAUAACGCCGAGAUACCUACUUCCCAUGUUCGAGAGGAAGAUCCUCCGCAUCUCACGCUCUGGUGUAGCGAAGGCGCGGAUCAGUGCCACUGGCAUUUCUUCUAUAUACCUGGGACCCCUUGGUCUAUUAUCUCUCGCAUCGUCUCCGGACACCACCAUUUCUGUCCCAUGACACCUUUUAAUUUGCAGCCCGAACCAUCUACCACCUCCCCUAGAAGGACCCGAUCCAUGACCAAGUUACAAACCUCUGACAUCCAGCAAAAGGUGGGCACUGCCAAGGCCAGCAGAAAGACUAAGGAAGAAAGGCCUGUUGAAGAUCCCGUAGGAGUCAUUCCGCAUCUACGGCCUUUGACCAUCUAUCCAAAGUUCCCAGAAUAUGAUCUAGCCGACAACGAGCAUAUGGAUCCCCGACAAGAAGGGGAAAAGGACGCUGAAUAUGAGGCACUGUUCCGACCUCACUGUGGUGGCCCUCCGUAUAUUCUGGAUAUAGGCGAUGCCGAGGUCCAGUUCAAGGGUGUUCAUCAAAGCCAGAGUACGGGGGUUGCAGAAUCACUUGUGCAAGAAUUCCCGUUGUGGCCAGCCAUUUGGUAA